AUGUAUUCCACAAGACACGAAAAGCAGGGAAGGACGUUCACAAAGGAAGAGCUUCAGGAAAGGCGGAGAAAGGCGAAUGAAGCGUUCCGUGCCAAGCAGGCCGAUUUGCUGCAGCCUGGAGAGGAAGCCAUAUUUUUGACUCCUGAAGAAGAAGCAAAGAUGAUCGCAGUCGUGGAAAGUGCUGCAAUAAGGUUCUCCGACACCUUUCAACCUUAUAUGUGGCCAUCAGUGCGAUGGACAGCUUACGCUUACUUUAAACGGCUUUUUCUCGACUGGUCAGUAAUGGAAGCUAGUCCAAAGAUCGUGAUGAUGGCAUGUUUCUACUUGGCAAUGAAAGUUGAAGAAUUUUAUGUAACUAUUGAUGAGUUUGUUAGUAAUUUGAAAUCCGGAACGCCUGAACAGAAUACUACAAGAAUUUUGGGUCUCGAACCAGAAAUCAUGCGUGCACUUCGUUAUCAAAUCACUAUACACUGUCCUUACCGGCCAUUCGAAGGCCAUCUGAUGGAGAUGAAGACACGCAUGCUUCUGCUGAACUUCAACGUCGAAACCAUUCGCGAACCCGCAGAUCAGUUCUUUAGGCAAGCACUCCUCUCAGAUGCAAUGUUGAUGUAUCCGCCGUCCCAAAUUGCUUUGGCUGCUUUGAAAUACGGUCUCGAUUCGCUAGAUAAAUCUCCCGAUGUACUCACAGAGUUCCUCCAGAAGCUCAUGGGUGUUGAGGACGAUUGGAAAGGAAUGCAUGGAGAUGCCCUUCAAACAAUUGACAAGCUCAUAAACAGAUUAGCUGAUAUCGUCGAAGUUGUUAACAGUGCCCCAAAACCACUGACUCAUGAAGAGCAAGCAUCCAUUCAGGCAAGGACAGAUGAUUGGUCGGCGUUGAAUACUGCUCUGGAGGAACGUCGUCAAUCUCGACCAGGUUACGUAAAAAGAGAAGAACCGGUGGAUUCAGAUGACGAUUAG